AAACCCUUUUUACCUCAAACCCCUCAAAACCCCGGUCCACUCCUGUACACGGUGGGGAGGAAAUGGGCUGUAUAGAAAAGUUCACGUCCAGCUCCUGUACACGAUCAUGUAAUCGUCCUUUUGUUCUCCCAAUUCCCUGCUUCCACUCCAAAACCCCUCCCUCAGUACCUCUCUCACUCUGGGAUGUGAGUUUCUAUCGAUUGGAAGUAAAUGGCGCUGAAGGGAAAGGAAAUAGCGGGGAAAUCUUCACAGGGAAGAGGAAAUCCGCUUCCAAAUCCUCCGAUGCUGCAGAAAAAUCCGGUUCUCGAAGAAAGAAAAGGCCCAAAGUUAUGAAGUUCAUCGAUGAUGAGGCCGUUGACGCUGACUCCGACGGUGAAGAUGACGGUGAUAGCAAAGAUGAAGAAGACCAAGAGCAGGUGUUCGAUCUCCGUUCCAUUUCACAUGUUUAUAAGUAGAUUGAACGGGAAUGAAGAUGAAAUGUGUGGAAUUGGAUGCAGUGCAUCCUAUGCGCAUGUCUAUGCUGAUGCAUUGAUGCAGAC